CUCUAUAUCCAUGAUUCUUGACAAUUGUAAAUAACUGAAUCUGGGCAUGUUCCUCUCUUCUCUGGAAUCUUGCAUGUUGGUUCUAGCAUAUCCAUGAUUCUUGACAACAAGAAUUUUUUCGACAAACACACUGUUUAAUUUCUCAACUUUCUUGCAUUGUUGCAUAUUCUUGAUUACUGAAUCUGGGUAUGUUCCUCUCUUCUUCUUCCUCUUCUUCUUUUCUUGGUCCCGUGUUUAUGCUUUCUUUGUGGGUCUUGCAUAAUGGUUCUAGUUAGUUGAUAUAUUGUUUAUGUGGCUUAAUUUCUCCUCCUAAUCUGUUUCUAUAUAUUGCCAACACUUUUUACUUUCACUAAUUUCCCAUGUUUUAGUAUCGCCAAGAAGUACCUUCUUGUGUGGUUUUCCUGUUUAAAGAUAUCUGACGUUCACCAGGUGUUUGAGAAAAUGUCUUAGCUAGAAAAAUCAUAAUCUAUUAGAUAUAUUGGUGGUCAAGUUCUCUAUGUUUCUGACACGAAGCUUCUCCAAUAAGUAGCAAGCAAUUUACUUUUUAAGGUUGUGUGUACUGAAGGACCAUAGAAAAUUAGAGAACUGGGUGCUAUGGGUGCUUAUGGGGAGGAUGGCAAUAUGCAUCUAGCCAGGGAAUGGGGCCGCUCCCAUCGCCGAAUUGUCUUUGCUGCUGAUAUGAUAGGCAGAGAGAAAGAAAGGGCCCUAUUAGAGGCAGUUGUUAAGAAUCCUAAUCGAUAUGUAUUUGAACAUCAUUUUGCUGUAGAUUUGUUGACCACUCAGGAAUUUGCAGGGAUGAGGUCUAUUGGAAUGGUUUUCCCUUCAUGCUUUUACAGGCAACAACUCUUCAGUUGCAUCUGCAUUAUCAAGGUCGGGUUCAUGAUUAGCUUUGGUAGUUCUUCAUUUGUCUUGUUCUGUUGUAAUUUUCCAUUCCAAGAUGAAUUUAUUGCAACUUAUGUGAGUAUAGUGUUAUAAAUUAUUGUUUUCUGAGCUAAGGCAAAUGAAUGAAUAGAAAUUGCAUGUGUUUGUUCACUUGAUAAUCUUGAAUAGCGCAGAAAAUCUUUUGUUCGUGAUCCAAUUAGAUGUUUUUUCUCGGGAAUUACAUAUUGUGGCUAUUAUGCUUCUUAUCUCCUACUUGACGUUUUGUAUCAUGUAG